CCCCCUUUCUGACCCCACGCUCUCCCCUGCAGUCAAGGCAGACAAGAAGGCUGCGCAGGAGAAGAUGUUGCAGCAGGAACACGAGCGCCAGGAGCGUGAAGAUGAGCUGCGAGCGAUGGCGAGGAAGAUCCGCAUGAAAGAGAGGGAACGGCGCGAGAAGGAGAGGGAGGAAUGGGAGCGGCAGUACAGCCGCCAGAGUCGCUCCCCAUCCCCGCGUUACAGUCGGGAGUACAGCUCGUCCCGGAGGCGGUCCCGAUCCCGAUCCCGAUCCCGGAGUCCCCAUUACCGCCACUGAUGGUCGUGGAAAUAAAAGAAAGGGGGGGGAGGGGGGGGCAAAAAAAAAACCCCAAAACCCCACAAGUUUU